AUGACCACCACCAGCGACGCUAUGACUUCGGGCGGGGGAUCGUCCCGAAUGCCACCACGGCUCCACUCGCGCUCGAAUUUCACCACUCGGGCCGCCCAGGACGACUCGCACCAGCUCCAACGCCGGUGGUCUCUCUCGCAACUGUCCGCCCAGGAUGAGAGCGAGCCACUGCUGGCCGCCGGAGCACGCCGUGGCCGGCCGGUCAGCGCUUCACGUGAAAACAGUCCCUUUGGCUCCGUUUCCGCCUUGUUCGCCCGCGGCAGGGCCUUUGUGACCAGCGCGCCUGCGUCGCGCGCAGCCUCUGUGGCUCCGCCGAGCGGGCAGCGGAGGCGCAGACGACGCUCCUCUGGGAUCGAUGCGCCUGCCAAGCUCGGCACUUUCGCGGGCGUUUUUGUGCCAACGACCCUCAACGUCCUAAGUAUUUUGAUGUUCCUCCGCUUCGGCUUCAUCCUUGGCCAGAGCGGAGUGCUUGGGAUGAUGGGAAUGCUCCUCGCGUGCUAUGCCAUCAAUUUUCUGACCACGCUAUCAAUCUCUGCCAUUGCGACCAACGGGACAGUAAGAGGCGGAGGUGCCUAUUACCUCAUUUCACGUAGCCUCGGGCCUGAGUUUGGCGGCUCUAUCGGAAUAGUUUUCUAUCUCGGAUGCGUUCUGAAUACAGGCAUGAAUGCCGUUGGCUUGGUCACUUGCUUCGUCCAAAACUUCGGCUCCAGUCGCGGAAGUUGGGGCAAUUGGCUGCCUGAUGACUUCUGGUCGCAGUAUCUUUGGGCCACCGUCGUUCUCGCCGUCUGCACCGUCAUCUGCUUGGCUGGCAGUAGUCUUUUUGCCCGUUGCAGCAAUGCACUCCUGGUCAUCUUGCUUGUGGCCACGUUCAGUAUCCCGGUUUCCACUCUUUUUCUGCCCCCUUUCUCAAAUCCGAAAUUAGGUAUCGAGUACACUGGACUCAGUCUCGAGACGCUGAGGGGGAAUUUACUGCCAAAGCUGACCAAAGGCGCGGCUGGUAGCGAGUUGAAGGGCAGAGAGACGUGGCAGGAUUUGUUUGGCAUUCUGUUCCCCGCGACGGGAGGCAUAUUUGCUGGCGCUUCGAUGUCAGGAGACUUGAAAGCCCCAAGCAAGUCGAUCCCAAGCGGUACUCUGUACGGGCUGGCCUUGACAUUCGCAGCCUACACCGUAGUGAUCAUCUCGAUGGCCGCCAGCAUCACACGAGUAUCUUUGUACAACAAUGAAAAUGUGAUUCAAGCUGUGAAUAUCUCCGGCACUCUCGUUCUUUUGGGGGAGUUCGCCUCCACCUUCUUUUCCACUUUGAUGGGCGUCAUCGGGUCUGCCAAACUCCUCCAGGCCCUGGCUCGGGACAAGCUCAUUCCGGGUCUGUCAACCUUUGCUCAAGGAACCAAAGGCGCCCAUGAGCCGAUCCUAGCGAUCGGUCUGACAUACGUCCUGUCCCAAUUGACCAUGCUCGCCGACAUCAACCAGAUUGCCUCCCUAGUGACCAUGGCCUACCUCAUGACGUUUCUGGUCACCAACCUAGCCUGUUUUCUGUUGAAGGUCGCCUCGGCACCCAAUUUUCGGCCCUCUUUUCACUUUUUCAACUGGUGGACUGCUGCCAUCGGAGCUAUAGCAAGUGCCGUCUCCAUGUUCUUCGUAGACGGCCUGUCCGCCACUGGCUGCUUCGCUACCCUCGUCUUGAUAUUUCUGAUUAUCCACUAUACCACGCCCCCGAAGGCCUGGGGAGAUGUCAGCCAAAGCUUAAUCUACCAUCAGGUCCGAAAGUACCUUCUCCGUUUGCGACAAGAACACGUCAAGUUUUGGAGACCUCAGAUUCUACUGUUCAUCAACGAUCCCCGAAGGCAGUACAAGCUGAUCCAGUUCUGCAAUUCCCUCAAGAAGGGUGCGCUGUUUAUUCUCGGCCACGUUAUCGUCACGAACGAUUUCGCCGGUGCUGUUCCAGAGGUCAAAAGGCAACAGUCUGCAUGGACUAAAUAUAUCGACUUCUCCCGCAUCAAGGCCUUCAUCAGCGUCGUCGUCUCUCCAAAUAUUGAAUGGGGCACGAGGAACGUCGUACUAAGCGCCGGACUUGGUGGGAUGAAACCAAACAUUGUCGUUAUGGGCUUCUACAACCUCAACGAUCUGCGCACAAACCCACUGGUUGAUGUGCCACCUCCGGGACCGGAACAUCAGCAAAGCACAACCAACGGCUCACCGCCGUGCACGGGGAGACCGAAGGGCAAGUGGAGGACCGAGGAGGAUAAGCUGAAAGGCCAGCUACCCACCGACGCCAUCCGGAAGGAGAGUGCCGUGACGCCGCAAAGCUACGUUACAAUUCUCGAGGACUUGCUACUCCGGCUUCAGGUGAAUGUUGCAAUUGCCAAGGGCUUCCAAGACCUCGAACUUCCGGCGCCCAGGCCAUCAAGGCUCGAAAGAGUGCUCCAUGCCCUAAAUAUCAACAACACGAACAAAGGAGAGGGGGCCAAGAAGUACAUUGACCUCUGGCCCAUUCAAAUGUCAGCAGAGAUUGCCGCGCCCAACGAUGGCACGCAAGGCGUUCUCACGACGAAUUUUGACACGUACACAUUGAUUCUGCAGCUCGGGUGUAUCCUCAACACCGUUCCGUCCUGGAAGCGGGCCUACCGUCUUCGAGUCGCAGUCUUUGUAGAGUACGAAUCCGACGUUGAGGAGGAGCGCGGAAGAGUCAAGGCCCUGCUGUACAACCUCAGGAUUGAAGCCGAAGUUCUGGUCUUCUGGCUUGCGUCUGGCGGCUUGGAAUCGUACGAGAUCAUUGUCAAUGGUCAGUCGAACGAGUCGUGCCGUGAGACGAGACAUGAAAUCGAGGAGGCAUUGAAAGAGGAAGCUUGGUGGCAAGAUAUCCAGAAGCUUCGGCAGAGGCAGAGCGGAGCCAUGACGCCCAUGGAAGAACUCGCGCAGAUUGAGGGCUUUCUGGAGAAUGCCUCGAAUUGGCCGAGCACGGCUUUCCGGCAAGGUGACCGGGACGCCAAGCCAAGGAGGUUCGCAGAUAUCAGAGACAUGCUCUUCCGGCGCCGCCGGGCCUCUGUUAGCAGCCUCAAGAAAAUGGGCGUUAGUAUGGGGAUGCGGACUCACCGGCUUCCACCCGAACUCGAUGGACAAGACAGCUCGUCUUCCGAUGGCGGAUUCGAGGUCAGUGACAGCGGUAGCGAUCUGUCCGCUGCUUCGGAAAACGACAUUGACGAAUUCAAAAAUGAAAGAUCGCUCAGCCCGAUCCGGCGAACACGUAGCGAGGGAGAGAGCAUCAGCUGGGUCGACAAGAGUCGACACGGGGACUCCAGCACCACCCCAUCGCAACCGCCUCGAGGGACCCUCCUUCCUCCUGUCCGAACCGCUGUCGCGAACUCUGACAGCACCCUCAUCACCUCGCAGCCUCCGACGAACGCCGCCCCCACCCCGCAGCCAGACGGCAACGAGGCUGGCCCCUCCAACUCCCGCCAAUCCUUACCCAAGUUUACAUCGAAGCCAGUCCCCCGCACCCAAGUGGCCAUCGACGACGGGCCGGGGCCCUCGAUCAUGUUCGCGGAGCCGCUCUUGCCCGAGGAGCAGCGCGAGCGCCGCCUCGGCACGUCCAUUUACACGCGCAGCAGCUCGCCGCAGGUUGGCGCGCCCCUUCUACCCAACCUGGUGAGAGCCGACGAAAGCGUCUCCGCCUCGACCGCCAUGCCAGACAGUCCCGGCGCUACGUCCUCAAUGUCGCAGGCCUCCGGGUUCCCGCUACAGCAGUCGGUGCCGCUAAGCUUCAACGACCUGCCGUGCCGCGCGCAGCACCUGAUCCUGAACGAGCUGAUCAGACGCAAGAGCGGUGGGGACCAACGCACUGCCGUGAUCUUCACAACCCUUCCCAGCCCCGUUGAGGGCACCUGCGAGGACGAGCAUACGAGCGUGAGGUACCUCGCCGACCUGGAGGUGCUCUGUCAGGGGCUGCCUCCAGUCAUGCUGGUGCACAGCAAUAGCAUGACCGUGACGACUAAUCUGUGA